CAGGAUGUGAACCGAAUCUUAAAAAAUGUAUAGCAUAUAGCAAAGCAACCACCAAUCGAAGGAGCUCGGAGUAGUCAGUUAAAAUGUCUACCAUUACUGCCUCUCUCUGCUUUCUUUCUGGAAACAAAAACCCAAUCAAAACCCUAAACUUAUCUCCUUCAAAUUCAAAUUCAGUUCGGAGAUGGAGUAGUCACGUCAUCAAGACCUCCUCCUCCAACUCCAAUCGCCUCUCCUUCAACUGCAAAAGUGCCUCCACUAUUCCCUUCGUCUCCUCCAAAAACUACGAGUUUUCUGAUGGUUCUUCUGAGGUGGAACUGAGAUUACAACUCGGGGCCCAGGACAUUCAAAGUUACAGAGAUAUAUCUGUGGAUGCAAAUGACAACUCUUUGAAAAUUAGAAUACAGCGCUAUGGGUCUGUCAUCACACUUAUAGAAACUGAUCAUCUAUUUGAAAAAAUAAAGCCCGCUGAAACAAUAUGGUACAUAGAUGAUGAUCAACUGGUUGUGAACUUGAAGAAGCAAGAUCCAGAUUUGAAAUGGCCUGACAUUGUGGAGUCCUGGGACUCCCUGACAGUGGGAUCUCUGCAACUUUUGCAAGGAACAGCAAUCUUCAUUGUUGGGGAUUCAACUGAAAUUAACGAGACAGUGGCUCGAGAAAUUGCAGUUGGUAUUGGGUACACACCACUUACCACAAAAGAGUUGCUUGAAACAUAUGCGAAGCAAACUAUUGAUUCAUGGGUGCUUACUGAAGGCUCUGACUCUGUAGCAGAAGCAGAAGGUGCUAUAUUAGAAAGUUUAAGUAGUCAUGUACGGGCUGUUGUUGCAACGUUAGGAGGGCAGCAGGGAGCUGCUAGAAGGGCUGAUAAAUGGCAGCAUCUCUACGCAGGAUUUACUGUAUGGCUGUCCCAAACUGAAGCUACAGAUGAAGAUUCAGCAAAGAAGGAGGCAAGGAGGCAUAUUCAAGAUGCUAGAUUAGCUUACUCAAAAGCGGAUGUGGUUGUCAAGCUUCAGGGUUGGGACUCUGAUCAGACCAAAAGUGUGGCUCAGGCAUCCUUGAGGGCCAUUAAACAGUUAGUUCUAUCAGACAAAAACCUUCCAGGUAAGAAAAGGCUUUAUGUAAGGCUGGGAUGUCGGGGUGAUUGGCCAAACAUCAAGCCUCCUGGUUGGGCCCCAUCAGCUGGUGAUGAUGCAACGUUGACCUAGUGCAGUAUGAGUUUAAAAACUCUGUGCAAACACAAAAUCAAAAAUCAACUACAAACAUCAAAAAUCAACCACAAAAUCAACAACAAAAUCAACCACUAGAACAAAAUCGUUUGAUCGGUGAUUGCGGAUCGUGGAUUGGAGAGGCGAUUUGGAUCGGUGUUGAUGGAGAUCGGUAAUGGGUUGACGGAGAUCGGUGUUGAUGGAGAUUGGUGUUGAUGGAGAUCGGUGUUGAUGGAGAUCAGUGAUGGGUUGACGGAGAUCGAUGAGAUCGGUGUUGAUGGAGUGCUUGAGAUGGGUUGACAGAGAUCGGUGUUGAUGGAGUGCUUGUGAUGGUGCUUCUGGGUUGACGGAGAUUGGUGGAUUGGAGAGGGGUUGUGGUGCUUGUGAUGGCUGUGGUGUUGAUGGAGUCCUUGCUCUGGUGCCUCUGGGUUUUGCCCGUGAGAGAAAGAAGAAGAAAGAAGAUGAAAAAAAGAAAGAGGAAACGGCAGAGAUA